CUCCACGCUCAGGUCACACGUCCAUUCGAUUCCAUCCCACUCACUCACUCACUCUCAAUGUUUCUUCGGCACGUUCUUUUGUUCUCGCUUUCUGGAGCCGCAGUUGUGUCUGUCGCCGCGCAGGACUUGGGUGUCCCGCUCUCGUGGCGCAACAGCCGCGGGCUGUCAGAGCGCAUCCAGAUCGCCCAGGCCGCGAUCAACCAGAUGACGACCGUUCUCGACGCGUCGACGGGAGAGUUCGCUGUGGUGUUCUCUACAUCAAUUUGGGUGGUGGUUGGGACCCAUAGCGACUGGACAGGAAUCGGGUACUGGCAGUCCGGGAAUGUGUGGUCUGUCAUGGCGAACCAGGACUACCUCGCGAAGAGCACGGUGAACAAGGCCCUCGUGCUGAACAACUUGAAUCUUGUCUUCAACCGGUUCAGCAACUACGAUCAGUUUGGGGUGAGUGGUUGA